GGGAGAGGGACGGAGGUAGUGGGAAAUGGGCACCCGAGUACGGCAAGCCGGAGAGUCAAACGGACUCUUCCCUGGAGAGUGAAUAACAAAUUCUCCCACUUAGCGACGGACGCUGCCGCGGGCGGGCGAGCAUCUUCGCCGGCCCUGCCAUGACCGCUUUCGAGAAGCCCCAGAUCAUUGCGCACAUCCAGAAAAGCCUCAACUACACGGUGUUUGACUGCAAGUGGGUGCCCUGCAGCGCCAAAUUCGUGACUCUGGGCAACUACGCUCGGGGCACUGGUGUCAUCCAGCUCUACGAGAUCCAGCACGGGGACGUGACGCUGCUGCGGGAGAUUGAAAAGGCCAAGCCCUUUAAAUGUGGAACAUUUGGUGCAGCAUCUCUACAGCAGAGAUAUCUAGCUACUGGGGAUUUUGAUGGAAAUCUGAAUGUAUGGAAUUUGGAAGCUCCACUCACUCCAGUGUACUCUGUAAAAGGACAUAAGGAAAUCAUAAAUGCUAUAGAUGGUGUAGGUGGCUUAGGAAUUGGGGAAGGAGCACCAGAAAUUGUAACUGGAAGCCGAGAUGGAACUGUGAAGGUAUGGGACUCCAGGCAAAAAGAUAUCCCUGUGGCUAAUAUGGAACCUGUACAAGGAGAAAGCAAGAGAGAUUGUUGGACGGUUGCAUUUGGCAAUGCUUAUAAUCAAGAGGAACGUGUUGUAUGUGCUGGCUAUGACAACGGGGAUGUCAAACUAUUUGAUCUAAAAAAUAUGUCAUUAAGAUGGGAAACAAAUAUUAAAAAUGGGGUUUGUAGUGUGGAGUUUGACAGGAAAGACAUCAGUAUGAAUAAACUAGUAGCUACAUCACUAGAAGGAAAAUUUCAUGUUUUUGAUAUGAGAACUCAGCAUCCAACCAAAGGAUUUGCCUCUGUUUCAGAAAAGGCCCAUAAAUCUACUGUGUGGCAAGUCCGACAUCUGCCACAGAACAGAGAGAUCUUUAUGACUGCUGGAGGUGCAGGGGCCCUUCAUCUGUGGAAGUAUGAAUACCCUGUUCAACGUUCAAAGAAAGAUUCUGAGGGCGUGGAGAUGGGAGUAGCAGGUUCAGUAAGUCUGCUACAGAAUGUAACCCUGUCAACUCAGCCCAUUUCGAGCCUGGAUUGGAGUCCAGACAAGAGGGGUCUCUGUGUCUGCAGUGCAUUUGAUCAGACAGUGAGAGUGCUAAUUGUUACAAAACUCAAUAAAGUUUGAUCUAAGAAUUUUGGACCUAGGAACUUCCCAUGGAAACAUCUUAAAUUUUAAGAUGUCUAUGUAAAUGGAUGAUGGUUUUGUUGUCAUAUACUGACAUUCACUGAACAGAGCUGAAUUUGGCUGGGACAGAAAAUAUAAAUGAACGUCAAAUAUAGCCUCAGAAUUGGGCAUAUGGAAUGGAAAGGGCUAUGAUUCUCUUCACCUGACUGAGUGUUGACUUCUCAGUUGCAGAGUAUGGGAGUGAUGGGUUCUACAGAUGAGUUGGUCCUAGAGCAAAGCAAUGUAUUUUUAAAGUUUCCAACAAAUCAGCUCUAUUUUUUAUAAUUUUGCCUCCAUUUAAUGUAUUCUACAUUUCCAAAGUUCAAAGUUUUUCUUAUACAACUAUAUUUCAUUGUGAUGUGAAAAAGAAAUCAUUUAUUCCAUUCAAAGAAGUUUGUUUUGAAAAUUACCAUGAAUUAACCUUAGUAAACAUAUUCACUCUAUGACAUUUCAGUAUCAGUUUCUUUGAAGGAUAUUAUUUGGUACUUAUUUUAUUUAUAAAAACCCAGAAUAGGUCAAUAAUUUUUUAUUCACCAAUACUGUUCAUAAAAUUAUUAGAAUUUGCCAAAAUUGCUUCAAACUUAAUAAAAUUACUCUUACUCUU